UUAUUUCCAAUGAAGAUCACCACAACCCCCGCCGACUCCCACAACUGCCACAGCCACCACCGCCGACGCCGCCACAACCACCCAGAACAGCCACAACCACAACGACCCCGCCUCCACCAUGAGCAGCGCCCGAGUCAGUCUCAGAGUCCCCCUCAGGAUUACCAACAGCUGAUCCUUCACCAGCUUCGGUUCCUUCGGCUGCUUCUCCUGCUGGUGGUGCUUCAUCAGGCGGGCGCCCUUGGCUGUCGCAUCUCGGAGUUCACCUGCAGUAACUACGAGUGCGUGCCCACCGACGCCUACUGCGACGGGGUGCCCGACUGUUCCGAUCGGAGUGACGAGCCAAGGGACUGCUCGCCAUGCAACCGCACCUUCUACGGGGACGUCGGCAGGAGCUACGAGGUGAAGGUGGAGAAGCCCAAGGACAUGGGAACAACAUUCACCUGCCACCUGACCUUCGUGGCGGAGGGCAGGGAAUUCGGUGACAUCGUCCAGCUCACGAUACAGGAGUUCAGCCUGGGAGACUUCUUCAGCUACAACAGCGGCUGUCCUCAAGGCUGGAUGCAGAUCAGCGAGCGAGAUCGACCUUACACCGACGGAUGCUGGUGCGGUGACGGGCGGGGGUUCAAUGUGUACUACAGCGAGACGGCCACCACGACCCUCACGCUCAAGAAAUUCAUCCCGAUGGACUACAUUCACUUUGAGGGUCUGUUGAAAUCUCCCUUCCGCUUUCGCCUGACCUACAAGACGCUCCGCCAUAGUGAUGCCCUCCUGCGCUACGGGAAUGUGACCAACCCUAAGUACAGAGGAGACCUGGUGGACGAUUAA